AGGAGUCACGGUGAUGGUGGGAUCCGCGAUGAAUCCCGCAGCAGCGUUGGUGGGACCACCGUCGUUGCACUUGCAGGUGAUACGGCAUACUUCCACGUUGCCCCUCUGCUCGUUUGCGGGGAGCAGCCGAUUGCGGUGGCAAGACGACACGAUUGGACACAGCAGUAGUGGCGCGAGCAGGAGAGGGUCGGCCCGAUGGAGGCUGCGGCCUUCAGCAGCAGCAGCUGACGCAGCUGACGAAGGAGCAGACUACGAAGGGCGGCUUGACAAUCCCCGCCGCCCGGUGCCCAACGAGUACCUAGCUGGCUGGGCCUUGACACAAUACGAUACAGCCUGCCUGCAGCGGUUCCAAGACAUGGGUUACACAGACUGUGGUGACCAGGAGUCGUCACCCGAAGAAACGAAAGGAGAGAAGGCAGGGUUCCGUUUGUGGGGGGAGGCCACGAAGGCGUUGAUGGACCGGGUGGACAUUGUUCACGAUCUUGACCAGAGGAGGCUCGCGGCUUCGCGCUACUGGCAGCGGUUGCAGAGCACCCCGCCAAAGGAGGCACCCGCAUCCAACACCGGCAACAAAGGAAAAUUCACCGACCUUGACCCCUCUCCUGGUCUGGCCGCGCCAACUUGGGCAGACGUAGAUGCUCUUUUCGAGAGCGACAACGGCUUUGUACGGCGAGAAAGCGAGCGAUACAUCGAGGAGGCGAGGGAGGGCAUGCCUUCCGAAGGCGGGUGGAGCGGGGACCGGGUGUCGCGACAGUGGGUGGCGAGCUACCAACUUUCGGUCUUCGAAACCCGUAGGCAGGCCCAGCGGUUUUUCUCGUGGGGCAUCCCGGACGAGGGAGCUCUGGACUGCAUCCUGGAGCCUGGAAAUCGGGUCCUAGAGGUCGGAAGCGGCCUGGGCUACUGGGCCUACCUCUUGAAGCUGCGAAGCGGAGACGACUCUCGCGUGCGCUGCUUCGACCCGUUCGCUCCACCAGCCCGUCAACGUACCGAAGUCUCAACCACAGAGGACGAAAGCGGUUAUUCGGUCGAAGAAGCACCACCCCGCUCGAUCGAAAACGUUCCAUCGCCGGAACCAAUCAGCAUGCGAGAAGAAGAGGUCGACGACUGGUUCGGGGAGGGGCGAGAACCCUUCUCCCCGGCGGAGCGCGGGUCGUUCGACCGAAUAGCCCGCGAGGACGGGUUCCGGAAGUGGUCCCUGCUCAUCUGCUGGCCGAGCGACGGGCAGUGGCCGGCUGGCUGCCUGCAGGAGUUCGCAGGGAACGACUUCUUUUACGUGGGGGAGGGGGAGGGCGGCGCGACACGCAUGCCUUGGCGGGUGUUGAGGGAGGAGUGGGAGCUCGUGAGACGCGUGGAGAUACCCACGUGGCCGGGAUUCCGGGACGCGCUCUGGUGGUACACAAGGAAAGAACCGGGCGCCUUGUCGCGGGACCGAUAG